UGACAGGCGCGUCUCUUUGCGUUUGAAAAUCAUUAUUGGUGAAUCACGGAUUAAGUUAUCGAAGUGAUAAUUAGAAAGGAGGUGGAGAAGUGUUUUCGGGAUAAAGGCAUGGUUUACGUGCAGGUCUGCAGAGGCUAACACACGGUGGCUAUCUCAUCACUGCUGGGGAUUUUACAAUCAAAGAGGCCGAGCGUUCUUCCUGCAAAUCAAACCAAAAUGGAGCUUCUCUGGGUCUUUCUGUUGCUGGAGAUGAUUCUGAUGUCCGCUGCUGCCAGGGGUCCACCCAGGGUGUCAGAGCGGGUGGCCCACCGGCAGAGCGUCCGCCUGGGUCGCACCAUGAAGCUGCCCUGCCCCGUGGAGGGCGACCCCCCGCCGCUCAUCAUGUGGACCAAAGACGGCCGCAACAUCCACAGCGGCUGGACGCGGUUCAGGGUGCUACAGCACGCGCUGCGCAUUAAAGAGGUGGAGACUGAGGACGCAGGGACUUACAUCUGCAAGGCCACCAACGGGUUCGGCAGCGUGAACAUCAACUACACACUCAUCGUUAUAGAUGACUCCAGUUCAAGAGGUGCGGCAGGGACGACCAAGGGUCCCGAACAUCCCGGGCCGGCCGGGAAACUAGUACGUCCACGUUUCACCCAGCCGUCUAAGAUGAGGAAGCGCGUCAUCGCUCGCCCCGUGGGCAGCUCAGUGCGUCUGAAGUGCACAGCAAGCGGCUACCCUCGCCCCGACAUUGUGUGGCUGAAGGACAGUCGGCCGCUGGUGGACGAGGACGGCGGCGCAGGAGGAGAGGAAGGGAAGAAGAAGAAGUGGACUCUGAGUUUGAAGAACCUGACGCCGGAGCACAGCGGGAAGUACACCUGCCACGUCUCCAACAGAGCGGGAGAGAUCAAUGCCACCUACAAAGUGGAAGUCAUACAGCGUACCAACUCUAAGCCCAUCCUGACCGGUACUCACCCUGUGAACACCACCGUGGACUACGGAGGAACCACGUCUUUCCAGUGCAAAGUCCGCAGUGAUGUCAAGCCGGUCAUUCAGUGGCUUAAAAGAGUUGAACCUGGUGACGAGAACAAAUUUAACUCCACCAUAGAGGUUGGAGACCACCGCUUUGUGGUCCUGCCUACAGGGGAGGUUUGGUCGCGCCCUGACGGAUCAUACCUCAACAAGCUGCUGAUAACCAGAGCCAAGGAGGAGGAUGCCGGCAUGUACAUCUGCCUGGGAGCCAAUACUAUGGGCUACAGCUUCAGGAGUGCCUACCUGACGGUGCUACCAGAUCUGAAGCCCCAACCCAACGCUGUCCCUACAGCAACAUCGCCAGGCCUCCCCUGGCCCGUCAUUAUCGGGAUACCAGCAGGUGUUGCUUUCAUCCUAGGCACCGCCCUCCUCUGGUUCUGCCAAUCAAAACGUACCUGCUCCUCUUCCUCUUCGUCCUCCUCUGCUCUUCCCGCUGCCCAGCGCCUGCCUGCGGCCAAUCGUGAGAGAGCCUGCGCCGCGCUGCCUCCUCAACAGGCUAACGGGGAUAAAGAUUGCCUUUCAUAUGAGGACUACAUUGCCCAUCAGCAGCUGCUCCUGGCUCAGGGAGGCUCUGGAUUGGCUCCCAAGGUCUACCCGAAGAUCUACACGGAUAUACACACACACACGCAUUCACACGUGGACGGGAAAGUACACCAGCACCAGCAUAUUCACUACCAGUGUUAGCAUCGAGGCUAGCAGCACGCUUUGGCGUCUCACAUUCAACUCUUACGUGAACAUGUUCCUGUACAUGCAGAUUUAUUCACAACAGUCCGUACUGCUGGCAUACAGAGCAGAGAACAAAGAAAGCGACAUUCAAGAGACCGUGCAGAUUCAUAUACAGAAACAUGGGAUUACGCAGCUCGUCCUCAUCCUGCUGCAGCCACAUUAUCGUGUCAACACAGACUUUUUCGAAACACAAACAAUGAAGAAUGUAAAGAAGACAAAGAUCCUUAUUUUUAGCCAAUCUGGGGCUGAAUCCAGUGAGAUCUAUGAGAGAAAAAUCCCGAAACAUGUUUUAUUCAAGCCUUUUUUAUAUGAGAUCUUUUCUGAAGAUGUUUAAAUCUCUAUUUUUUUUUUUUUUUUUUUGCUCAAAGGCCUUAUUUGAAGCCACAAAGAACUCUGUAGCUUCAAGGUAAAUUAACAACCCAACAAUUUAUCUGCCUCUGUUCUUUUAGUAGUUUGGACGCAACCACAGCCUCCUCAGUAACAGCAGAAAUACAGCCUCCAACUAUAGCUACUCAUGUAUAUAGUGGAAUAUGAUUAUAUGGCAUUUAGCACGCUCCUUCAUCCUGGAUAAUCUAUAAAGAACAAUAUAGCAUGUGUGUAAUGUAAUAGCAUAAUUUCAGAGUAUAUCUCAGGCGUCAGCCCAACUGAGCCAUAAAAAAACACAAAUCAAGACAGACUCCCACGGUGUCCACACCCUCGGCAAGGAUGGUGGCUGCUGGUUUUCGCUUCUGCCGGGUUCAGCUGCUAUCUGGGUACUGUGUGAAAAAGGGCUUGAUGUCAAACUGGGUUAGGUAGUUCAAACAGCAUGGAUCUUGCCUUAGUAGACUGAUUUUAGCAGCAGCUACGUUGUCAUUUCUGCCACAGUCAAGGAGCUCCUCCAUAAAUCUGAUGACAGUUUCUGCCCCUUUACUACCUGGAGAAAGGUGGCAUUUCCUGUUUUGCGUCGUCUCCUUUUCAGCUUUGAUUGAUGCUCGCUGACUUUACAAGAGAGGCAUGGCGGAUAUCAGCUGUCCUCAUGUCGGCCUCUUUAGCCAACAGCACAAAGGGAUGAUGAUCGUCAACGCCUCGGUGUACAACGGUGCCUUCUGAGAACUGUUUCCAGAUUUCGUGGAUCACUGUUGGAUCAUUGGAUAUGUCACAGAUUCUUCUUAAUCUGGUAUGAGAUUCAGGGGGCUUAAAAGAGAGGAACUUCAUCUUAAACUCUAACUUAAGGAUGAGACUUAACUCUUCUUCUUAAAGCACCUCACAAUGUGACCUCAAAGCAAUGGAACCGGUUUUGCAUGCGCUCCUUUCUCCACACAUGGUCUGUUACAAAGCAGAGGGACUCACCUGUUGGUUUUAUCUAAAGAUGAAAGGCUUUGGAUAAAGGGCUUUCUCACCUGCAGAGCCCUGAAAAUGGAAGAUGUUGCAGUCAAGACAUUCUAGAUAGUAAGAAGGUAAAAUCAAGCAUCUGUAUUUUCAGUCACUUAAAUUUAGAGCCAUAUAUUCUGCAGAAAGCUAGCAGUACCCACUGACUAGCUACAAGUACAUAAACUGCUCUUAGUGCAAUGACUUAUCAUCAUUUCUUGAGACAUUCAGUCUGGGAUGUUUGGUUCUGUAUGUUUUGAUUCACUCGUCUGCAGAUUUACCACUAAUUUUACUGACCACUUUAAAAGCUGUUCUAAAUGAUGAGAUCUACAAAUUUGUUUUAAAUGCAUUUACAUGUGGGUUUAAUGCAGUUUCUCACUUUUAGUUUACAAUUUGGUCUGAUGUUAACACCCAUGGUACGGCCCCACAGGGGAUUUUAAUUCUUUUUGGCUGAUUAGACCUCAUCUAAGAACUGUGUGUAGUAUGUGUAAAGUGCAUUUGAUUAAUAUUUCCCUCACUCUCAUCUAGCCUUGUUGCACUUUUGACUGUGGGACAACUGAAAACUUAUCAUCUGAUUAACGUAAAAGUAAUUCCCAGCGUUGCCUCUCCUGACUUGUCCUUCAGAGGUCUAAUCAGCCAGAUUAACUGAAAACACCUGUGUGAGAGUUCGGGGCCUUUGAUUUGUAAAGGUCACCACCAGCUGUUAAGAGUAAAGCAAUUAGUUCAGUAUAUAAAUGAUCCUCAAUUUAGCUGUUUUCCAAGCCAAUAUAAGCUCAAGUUGGAGAGAGUGGAUAUAGAUUUAAGGUCAUAUUUACUGGGUGGUGAUAUUGUGUUUGGAUUAGACCGCAUGGACACAUCAGAAAGCCAUCAGGGUUCUGCAAAUCCCAACGAUCAUAAUGAAAAAAGUCCACAAAAUCCAAAAAAAUCUAGAGGUUCCUUUUAAAACCACAACUACUAAAGCAUCAAAAUUAUCAGCAAAACUAGUAGCAGUGUUGUAUUUUCAAAAUAUCUGUUUUCUUCAAGGUGUUUUAGAGACAAACUGAUUCCCAUCUAGUUACUUGGUUUGUUCUUGCCUGAUUUUAGACAGAAUUUGAAGUGGACACUGAUGCAUAAACAUGCCAGCGUUCAACAUUUAACAGUGGGGAGAACAUGAAAUACAUCUCCCCUCUGAAUAAAAGCACUGUUGAGUGCUGUUCAAAGUAAUUGGUACAUUUAAUCGAUUUAGAAUAGCCUCUAUAGCAGCGUCUGUCUUGUCUGUAGCGCCAUUGUCAUCGUUACUCCUCCUCUGUUUCGGUUUACAGCUUGACAACAGUGUUAGCCCCACGCAUGGCGCUGAUUGGCUAAUUGUUAGUUUCCCACACCACAUCGCGUGCCAUUUCAUCUGCAGUCCAUCAUCAAUACUGUACAUGUGACAGAGCACGCUUCACAGGAACACACAAAGCGUUUUAGAACAAGGAUAGUAAUACAUAAGAAAUGAAACAAAGCAUGCUUCAGAUUAUUUGAAUAAGUUACAGAGCACGGUCACACACUUGAUUGCCUUUAAACCAUGAUUUUAAUGUGAUUUUAAAUGCGUGUCUCAGUUUCUGGUAAGUGUUGGCAGACUGGUCCAUGAGCUGCUCUCACUGACAGAGCUGACUGUCCAAAGGCAGUCCUCCUCGUAGGUAUACAAUCCUCUUGCCGCAGACCUAGAGUUAGUUUUACUCUGAUUGUAUCAUUGCAUUUUGCUUUCACAGCUCCUGGGAGGAGAUACCACACCUUCAUAAAAAUCACUAACCUCACUGGAAACCUGCCCCAACAAACCCUUUAGUGCGCCUCCAGUUACCGUAACACACUUUCACUCGCUCUUUCUCAGCUGUCCAUCUGUGAGCGAGCUCAUGAAUCUGACCACUGUUUAAAAACUGUGUCAAAUGAUAUGCUAAGAUAAGAUUUAGAUACUCAUCUGUUUGAGGUUACCCUCUCUUAAAGGCGCUCAGCCGUGUGCAUGGUUGAAACAGCGGGGGGACUUUGUCCAGAGAUGCUUUAAUAUAAGAAUUAAAAAAUGCAGAAACUGGCUUGCUGUGCAGUUGAUUGUCUCUGCAUCAUGCCAGCAUUUCUCUCUGCAGACCAUCUUCAGGAUGAAACACAGCAGUGAGAACUUAACAAGGAUGUGUUUAAACAACCAUGCGACAGGAAGUGAUAUAUUGCAAUCAUCUGGUAACUUUAGUUACGCAUGUGCUCGUUCUUCUGUGUUUUUGCACUUAAAUCUUCAAACUCAAGUAGGAGGAUAUACAAAUAUAUCCAUGUUCCCAUUUCUAUGAUACUAACUGGUGUGUUAUCUUUGUCCUGAAAAGAACGGUGAGCCUGCAGACCACAGCUUUGAAAGCAACUACUAGACAAGCCUCCAGUCUCUUUCUUUGUAUGUUUUAAUUCGUUUUAGAGGGUUUACUUUUUGCAUUAUUUCACUUCCUGAAUGAUAAGACGUUUAAGAAAGUGUUGUUGCCUAUAAAACAUGCAGCCAUCAGAUAAGACGAGCCACACCAGUUAAUGGUGUUAAUUUUGUGAAUUUAUUCAAAGACGUGUUUGAAUAAAUUCACAAAAUUAACCCCAACUGAGACAGCCAUAUUGUCUUUGGUGUUCAUCUUUUCAGCUUCCCUCUCUCCUGUGUAACAAUUAAAAUGCAUCAAAAAUGACAAAUUUCAUUACACCAGAACAGCAUAAUAAGCUUAUAUCAAAACGAUUAAGGUACAAUUCCAAACAGAGACACCUGUUCAUUUAUUCUUCUUCAGCUUUAACUGAAAAUAGGUUUUGAAACGUAAGUAGCUCUCCCUCUGACACAGUUUUCUCAUACUUUCAGAUUUAGGGGCCUGGGUGGAAUAGGUGCCGUACAUCUUAAAACCCAGUAGAUGCUAGUAAAGUUAAAUAGUGCCAAAACAUAGCCAACUAUAGGAAUACGAUGACUCCACAUCACAGUCCACAUUCACAGCUCAAACUAAGGUGUUGCCAUGGAAACAUAAAUACACACAUCAUGCAGCUCAUUAUACUCUUACAUCCAAAUGUGAAAUUCUAAUAGUUUUGGGAGCAUAUCCAGACAUAUAAAGUGCUUGACCUUGCAGAUUUGCAUAUCAUAAAGCAGUGGACUAUUUGUUUUGUGCCCCCCCGGUUACUGUUUUUGCAACAUCUGUUGAGUCACCCUGAACACUAACAUUUCCCUCAUCAGGGCUUCUUCAGUGAAAACCGGCGUUACAUCAGAUCCCUUUUUUAUGCUCAUUUCACAUUUCAAACACAUUUGAAGUUUUUUGUGUCAAAGCUAAUGGACUGCCGAUAGACUGUGUAUAUGUACACUUACCACUAGCAUGUACAUGGAAUGACAUUAGUGUUGAAAUUAUAGGAACUGUUUAUUGUAGACGAAUGCUUUGGACCAGACAGUAGCUCUAGCAACACAUUGGCCCACAAAACAAAUGCUGAAGUGUCUCAAUAUUCAAAAAGAACACGUGUUUCUAAUUUAUUUUCAUUAAAACAUGUUUGUUUGUUUCAUAUAAUUGGGCAUUAUAGUGCAUGAGUGGAUUUUGUCUUAUAAUAGUAAUGUAAGCUAUGUAGCAAAUACCAUGUUCAUGUCAUUGUAAGAUACUGUAUUUAUACGCGCUGACGGAAUAUACGAAAUUUUAUCGAUUAUCUUUGUAUCGACAAUCCUGUACAGUCUAUUGUCAUUUAGGUUAAAAUUUUGUGUUCUCCCAUUGUAAUCAUGUUAUUGGUGCCAUUAA